CAUUCAGUCAUAGUCAUCACUCAUCAUCUAACGCCGACUAAUAUUUGUUUAGUGUUUACUAUUUGCUUUUCAGAUUUUAGCGUUCAAUUUAACGAUUAUCGCUUUUUUUGAUUUUAAGAAUACUUGCGUCUAUUUUUUGAAAAAGAGCGAAAAAUAAGACAAGUGAGAUUCAGUUUUCUAAAAUAGUGAAUUUGUUUAGUCAAUUAUUUAGUUUAGGUACCGAUAAAUAUGUCUUUUGACACAUCUUGGGAUGUCGAUAAAUACAGAUCUGAACAUGAAUAUGAAGAUCAUUGGCAAUUUAGGCGUCAAUUUUUAGUUGCUCAUCAAGACAAAUUCCCUGAGGAUCGUUUAGUAUGUUUAGCCCAAGUGUUUUUUAAUGUCGAAUUUUUAGGAUGCCAGUACCCCAAAAAAGUCAUGGACCUUAUUGAAACGCUAUCUGAAGGUUUAGCUGAUGACUUAAGGGAAAAACGUAAAGGAAAAUUACAAAGAACCUUUGUUGCAGCAUCAGACGCUGCUGAAGCUAAAGCUAAACGCUAAAAUGUUGAUAACACGAUUUAUCAUAUAUCAGAUCAAUAUCAAUCAGAUAAAUUACAAAUUACAAAAUAAUUAUUUACAAAUUGUAAUAUGCAUUGUGUGUAUUAUGAUAAAUUAAUUAUGUACAAUUUUUUUUUAAUUAAUUGACUUGUAAUAAUAUAAUUCAUAGAUAAUAAGUAUAAUUUUUAUUUCCAA